AGCAUUGUAAUGCAUGAUAAUUAAGUCGGUUGGAAUUAAUUAAACAACCUACCAGUAGAGUAAACUCCUUCAAAACAACUAAAAGUCCAAUUUGACUUUGUUUGACUUUUUACGGCUUCCGUACUCUGAGUUUGUUACCAAGGCAGCCAGGAAGAAGCUGUGAAAAAGGGAGCGGACCGUUAUGUGCCUGUUUUUUAAAUCCUAGCUUCACAAGUAUUCUUUUCGACCCGAACUAGCAGUGUAUAAUAUUUCGAGACAAAAAUGUUUAUCGAAAUGGGUUUGUUGCAGUUUUUGCAUUUUUAGCAUGUGACAACAUCAAAUAGUUUGUUAAACGGCCACGUUGCGUUAUUUAAGUGUGUCUUUUCGUAUUUUAGUCUUAUAGGACUACUUAAAUAUAGUUCUAGUUGCUGGUGUUUUGUCACAUUUUGCUGCUUGUCUCUACUAUGUAAACAAGUUUAGUUUUGUAACUGUUGCGUUGUGGCAAUGUAGUGGAAAUAACCUCAUUCUUGUUUCAGUCUCGGUAGAUAAAAAUGUCCAUCCGCUCUCUGUUUUUCACGGCUCCGUAGCAGCUAUGUUGAUCUGAAAAAGCUAAUAUCUUGGAUCUUCGACAUUAUGGGCACCGCAUCCUCUUUGGUCAGUCCAGGAGAGGUGAUCGAGGAUGGAUAUGGCGGUGAGGGAGGGGAAGCAUGUGAGAUACCUGUUGAAGUUAAGCCCAAAGCCCGACUCCUUCGCAGCUCCUUCCGCCGUGGACCUCGAGUUAUCGGGGCCAGUUUCAAAUCCACGGGCUCCGUGGACCUGGAGUAUGCUGCAGAGUACGAGAGACUUCGUAAGGAGUAUGAAAUCUUUCGCGUCAGCAAAAAUAACGAGAUCACAUCCAUGCAGAAGAAGGAGGCCAAAUUGGACGUGGAGAACAAGAGGUUAAGAGCCGAGCUGCAGGCUCUUCAGAAAACCUACCAGAAGAUUCUCAGAGAGAAAGAAGCUGCUCUUGAGACAAAGUAUCAAGCUAUGGAGAGGGCUGCCACAUUUGAGCAUGACAGGGACAAAGUAAAACGGCAGUUUAAGAUUUUCCGAGAGACAAAAGAGAAAGAGAUACAAGAUCUGUUGCGUGCAAAGAGGGAUCUGGAGGCCAAAUUGCAACAGUUGCAGACUCAGGGUAUUCACAUUUUUAGCCCUAAUGACUCUGACUCAGAUGAUAAUCAAACCACUGUGACUGCUGUAGGAACUCAGUGUGAAUACUGGUCUGGCGGGGUGCUGGGAAGUGAACCUUCUAUGGGUAGCAUGAUGCAGCUGCAACAGACAUUCAGAGGACCGGAGUUUGCACACAGUUUAAUAGAUGUGGAAGGACCGUUUGCAAAUGUCAGCAGAGAUGACUGGGAUGCUGCGGUAGCCAGUCUACUUCAAGUGUCACCUCAUGUACCCCAGGCCUUAUGGAGUAACACCGUGCGCUGCUACCUAAUCUCCACACAAGAUACCAAAGCAGAGAUGGAGAUCUUUGUCAAGAAACACUCUGUAGUGUUACGGAGAAUGUGUGAGGGUCUGGGCCAUUUCUACCUAAACGUUUACUUCCCAGAGGAGAAUGCUGCUUCAUACGCUAUGGUGCGGAGGCAGGAAAUCGAGCGGAGUUCAAUAUGUGUGCUUCUUCUCAAAUCCACCGUUACAAGCCCUGUGGUGGAAGAUUGUGAGGAGGCUUUUGUUAAAAACCCAGAUGGACAUCCACUGGUGCUGUACCUCAGGACUGAAGAGGACAGGGGUUUGACUGGACCCAUUAGGCAGCUGUUGGAAAGGAUUAAUGCUGCAGACAAGGCUGCCAAAGUCAAGGUGGUGGAUCACAGCAGCUCUGCAGAAGAAGGGGCUAGCCUGAUUUCUGCUCAGCUAGAGAAAGUCAUCAAACAGGAAUUGUUGGGUUUUGAAGGAGGAGAUGAUGACUCUAAGGAUGCUGCCAUAGACGAGGGCCGUGAGGAAGACCUGGGAGACGUGCUUUGGGAUCUGCAUGACGAACAGGAGCAGAUCGAGUCCUACCAACAGGCUUGCAGCAGCACCACCUCCCAAUUAGGUUUUCAAAAGUAUAUAGAUCGUUUAAACGACAUGAUAGCUGCCCCACCUCCCACCCCGCCUCUGCUGGUGUCUGGCGGUCCAGGCUCAGGAAAGUCUCUCUUGCUUUCCAAAUGGAUUGAGCUGCAGCAGAAGCAAUCCCCCAACACUUUGUUCCUUUAUCAUUUUGUCGGCCGCCCACUUUCCAUAAGCUCUGAGCCAGUUCUCAUUAUCAAACGCCUCACAGUGAAGUUGCUGCAGCACUUUUGGUCCAUUUCUGGUUUAUCCAUGGAUCCCAGUAAGAUUUUGGAAGAGUUUCCUCGCUGGCUGGAGAGGCUAUCUGCACGGCACCAAGGAAACAUCAUCAUUAUCAUUGACUCAGUCGACCAAAUAAAGCAAGCUGAAAGACACAUGAAGUGGCUGAUCGACCCUCUUCCUGUAAAAGUCAGAGUGGUUGUGUCUGUCAAUGUAGAGACGUGUCCUCAGGCGUGGAGGUUGUGGCCCACACUUCACUUGGACCCACUUAGUGCCAGAGAAGUCAAGAGUGUAGUCAGUGCAGAGUGUCAAACCACGGAUUUCAGGCUCACCAAGGAUCAGGAGAAAAAGCUGGAAAGGCACUGCCGCUCUGCAUCGACAUGCAACGCAUUAUAUGUCACACUGUUGGCAAGGAUGAUCACCAGUUUUCAAUCUGGCUGGUCUCUGGAGAAGAGCUUGGAGCAGUGUCUGCAGUGUCAGGACACCUUGUCUCUGUUCCGCCUGGCGCUUAAAAUGAUGUUAAAGUUCCUCAACACAGACAGAGAGAGACACAUAAUGAAAGAGAUGCUGUGCCUUGUAUUUUCCAGCCACAACGGAGUGAGCGAGUCAGAGGCAUUAGAUCUUUUCCCAGAGCUAGAGUGGGCCGCUCUGUCUUCUCUGCUCUACCACCUGAACAGACUCUGCAUUGUGACCCUUCGCUGUGGACUCAUCAGGUUUCAGCACCUGCAGGCUUGUGAAGCUGUGAGGCUGGAGUUCCUAGGUGGAGGAAGUGGUUGUGCUUCUUACAGAGAGAAACUAAUCCAUUACUUCAACCAGCAGCUCAGCCAGGACUGCGUCACAUGGCGAGUUGCAGAUGAGCUUCCCUGGCUGUUCCAACAGCAGGAGGACAAAACCAAACUUCAGCUCAGUCUUUUGAACCUCUUUGUCUCCCAAAACCUUUACAAGAGGGGUCAUUUCUCUGAGUUGCUGGCUUAUUGGCAGUAUGUGGGCAAAGACAAAAGCUCCAUGGCAACUGAGUAUUUUGACUCCCUAAAAUGUUACGAGAAGAGCUGUGAAAGCGAGGACAGUAUGACAAAGCUUGCAAACCUUUACGAAACUUUAGGUCGGUUUCUCAAAGACCUGGGCCUGCCAAGUCAGGCUGUUGCUCCUUUGCAAAGGUCUCUUGAGAUCAGAGAGACAGCCCUGGAUCCCGACCAUCCCAGCGUUGCACGCUCUCUGCACCAGCUGGCUGGAGUUUAUGUCCAGUGGAAGAAGUAUGGGAAUGCUGAACAGCUGUACAAGCAAGCACUUGAGAUAAGCGAGAACGCCUACGGCGCUGAGCAUGUUGCUGUGGCACAGGAGCUGGAGUCACUCGCCAUGCUUUACCAGAAGCAAAACAAGUAUGAACAAGCUGAGAAACUCAGGAAGAGGUCAGUAAGGAUUCGGCAAAAGACAGCGCGACAAAAAGGUCAGAUGUAUGGAUUCACUUUGUUGAGACGUAGAGCCCUCCAGCUAGAAGAGCUGACCUUGGGGAAAGACUCUGCAGACUGUGCUAAGACGCUCAAUGAGCUGGGUGUCCUCUACUACCUCCAAAACAACUUGGAUGCUGCCAAGGUGUUCCUGGCUCGCUCUCUGGAAAUGCGCCAACGUGCCCUCGGUCCAGAUCACCCAGACUGCGCGCAGUCUCUCAACAACCUGGCCGCGCUGCACACAGAACGGAGGGAGUACGAAACGGCCGAGGACAUGUACGAGAGGGCGCUGGAGAUCCGCAGGAAGGCCCUGUCACCGGACCACCCCUCUCUGGCGUACACCGUCAAGCACCUGGCUAUGCUCUAUAAACGCAGAGGCAAGCUGGAGAAGGCCGUUCCACUCUAUGAGCUUUCUCUGGAAAUCAGGGAAAAAAGUUUUGGUCCCAAACACCCAAGUGUGGCCACAGCACUGGUGAACCUCGCUGUUCUCUACUGCCAACUGAAGAAGCACAGUGAGGCCUUGCCACUUUAUGAGCGAGCACUCAAAGUCUAUGAAGAUAGUUUGGGCCGCUCACAUCCGCGGGUCGGAGAAACCCUGAAGAACCUCGCUGUUCUAAGUUAUGAGGAAGGUGACUUUGAGAGGGCUGCAGAACUUUACAAGCGUGCGAUGGAGAUUAAAGAAGCAGAGCCGUCGUUGGUGUGUGGCAACGCUCCGUCACAUCAUUCCUCCAGCGGAGACACUUUUAGUCUGAAGACGCCUGCUCCUCAACCACAUGCUGCAAGGUGACUCUGUUUACUGCUAUCACUGCAGGAUGGUUUGCUAUAGAACAGCUAAAACUGAAAAUCCCAAUCUUUAUCAAAAGUGGAAUCAUUCACUGUGAUAGAUACUUUAUGAAGGCACCAGCAGAAUGCUUUGUGGAGGAAGAAGCAUAGCACAGAACAAUAAUGUGUUCAAAAACUGUACGCUGAAGGAUUUUUUUCCAAACAAACUUCUGAUAAAUUCAGGAAAAAGGUACAGGCAUUUUAUUGUUUGACUUUUUUCAUAUUUGCUUUGUGCACAUUCAAUCCAAAGCAGGAUGAGCAACUAUGAACGGCCUAAAUGUUCAGUUUUCCAGGAGACUGCUGGUGCAUUUGAGAUAAAUUUUUCUCUGCUCUAACUGUACACCUUUAUUCACUUUUAAUCUGGGCAAGUUUUCUCUGAAUAUUUUGUAUCACAACAACACUAAUAUAAAGGAAAACUAUUCUCAUCUGUGUCGUAAUGUUUGUGAAGCCCUCAGAAACUUUUAAAUAAGUAUUUUCAGAAAUUUAGUAUUUAAAGUUUACCUCAGCAGACAUCACUAUUUUUGCCUUAAAGUACCCUGAAAAUGUGCCAGUUAAUACUCUUAUGGCUUUCCAUUGUUAAUUUUUAUACACUUGUAGUUUUUUACUAUAAUAAAGAGAAAACACUAACAUCCAAGUAAAACAGGAUUUUUUUCUCAUGUUUAAACUCACUGCCCUCUAAUAAACGGGAUCAUGAGAUCUCAAGCACUUACAUUGUCAUGUUUACACAUUUCAAAGCUGUCAAUUUUUUAUCCAAACUGCAUUUUUAUAGUGAUAAUUGUUGAAAUAUUGUAAAUUAUGUUAAAGCACUUAUAAUGUCUAACUAACCUUGGAACAAGCAAGCACGGUUCAAAACAAGGUUUUAGUAUGUGUAAGAAAUGUUCUCAUGCCAACAUCAUGAUUUUUAUGCAAACCUCCCUCCCCCCCCGAAAAAAAACAAAAACAGAUAAGCUGUUAAAUUUAAUGACAAUAAAAAAAAAACAUACUUAAAAAAACAUG